UCCCCAACUGCCCAGCCGAGGUGCUAUUGUCUCGUUUCCUGUGGCCGCGCAUGAGCCAUGCACGCUCCGCGCACAAACGCUCCCGGGCGAGCAGGAGAGGUGGAUGUGAAGCGGUCGCACUGAGCGAGUUGUCUGGAUUUAUUGAGGAAAGUCACACCAACGAGCUUUAAAGGAGCCGACCUAUGACUUGUCCGUGAUCGGUUGGUGCCAGUGGGGAAAACUUUGAGCCAAGCUUUGUGAGCAGCACCGGGACAUUCCAGAGAAAGAACAAGUCACAAGUUUGCAGUUUUUCUUUUGACAGCUGCGCCUCUGCCAGACUGACAAACAUCAAGUGACCAGGAGGAUGACCGACCAGCCCUCCAGCCGGGCAUCCUGACUGCCUCCGUUUGUGUGUCUGAACGUCCACGAUGACUUGGAGGAGACUUGACUGGUGGAUCCCCUGCUGACACAUCCAGUCCCCAGACAUCCGCCUCGACCCCCACCCUUUCCUGACGGCUUUGGCGUACCCUAUUUCUGUGAAGCCCCCCGCCCUGUUGAAGCUGUCGCCAUGGCCAGCCUGGUGCUCAACGAAACGGGAAUGGAGGACUGCGGCAUCGACGACUCCUUCAAGUACAACUUAUACUCGGUGGUUUACAGUGUGGUCUUCGUCUUGGGCCUGAUCACCAACUGCGCCGCCCUCUUUGUGUUCUGCUUCAGGAUGAAGAUGAGCAACGAGACCACAAUGUUUAUGACUAAUUUAGCAUUAUCCGACUUGGUAUUUGUUUUCACGCUGCCAUUCAAGGUCUUCUACAAUGUGAACCGCCACUGGCCUUUUGGAGAUGAACUGUGCAAGGUGUCAGGGACUGCCUUCAUCACCAACAUCUACGGGAGCAUGCUCUUCCUCACCUGCAUCAGCGUGGACCGCUUCCUGGCGAUAGUCUACCCUUUCCGCUCCCGCUCCAUCCGCACGCGCAGGAACGCGGCGCUGGUGUGUGCCGCAGUGUGGCUGACCAUCGUAGGGGGGGGGAUAUCAGUGACCUUCUUCUCCACCAUUAACAGCAAACAUAGAGCCACCACGUGCUUUGAGGGCUUCUCCAAGAACACCUGGAGGACCUACCUGUCUAAAAUCACCAUCUUCAUCGAGAUUGUGGGCUUCCUUCUCCCCCUCCUGGCCAACUUGGUAUGCUCCUCACUUGUUCUGCGGACGCUGCGGCGUCCGAUGACUGUUGGUCAUGGCUGUAACAGCAAGAAACGUGUCUUACGGAUGAUUUUGGUCCAUCUGGGCAUCUUCAUCAUCUGCUUCGUCCCCUAUAACUCCAUCCUCUUCCUGUACGCCCUGGUGCGCACCCAGGCCCUGGCUAACUGCGCCGUGGAGCGCUUUGCCCGAACUCUUUACCCCAUCACUCUGUGCCUGGCCAGCCUCAACUGCUGCCUGGACCCUGUGGUCUACUACUUCACCUCAGAGAGCUUCCAGAAGAGCUUGACCAUGGGAAGCAAAGGGUCAGGAUCUCGGCCCGAGAGUAUGCCCCGCAGCGACACAGAGACCCAGGACGUGGCAAACACUCUCCCCAGGGACACAACCAACCAAGCCAGCAACGGAAAAGAGACAAAGGUGUCUGAGAGUCAGUUCUGACUCGGCAGGGAAGAAGGAAGGUGAAGGAGGGCGGUGUUGGUUUGAUGGGAGCCCUGAAUUUUAAAAAAACAAAGCAAUCAGCUGUUUGGUCCUGGAAGUGACAAACGCAUAACUCAGCAGAUUAGUUAAGUCCUGAGGUAAAUCCUGAGGUAUGGCCUGGGCUUUACGGAUUUAUCCAACACUGGAGAGCAGAGGAAUGUAUCUGUGUGUGUUUAUUAUGAGAGAACACUACCGGGAUCAGAGAUCCAGCCACACCGGGACUAUUGUCCAGAGACCCGCAGAGCCUCUAAAAGAGACUGCAACACAUCACUCAGGCUUAACACACACGAACACUCACAAAUGCACUGGAUUGUGGGUAGAAUGGAGAUUUGCAUCCGCAUUGUUGGAAUAUGCUGUUAAGUACUUUUGUAACACGCUGAGCCCUUUAAGUUGUAUUGUUAAAGAGUCCAAGCUUUCACAGCACAUUAUAUCAUGUUAGACCUUAAUGUUAUGACACUCGUUAGUGUGGUGAGACCCACUGCUAUUAUAACACAGGAGUAAAAUGUGUCUCAUGUUUACUUUUGAGGCCAUUAAAUGUCUGUUUUGAAAUGC